CAAAAAAUUACAAACAAACAAAGCAAAAAAAAGAAACAAUCAAAAGUCGACGCCAAAAAUGAGUUCCGGUAUUGGAAAUUUGGUGAAGAUCAUCCUUAAGAACUUCGACGGUAUCGCUGGACCUAUUAUUAGCUUGCUUUAUCCCCUAUACGCAUCAGUGAGGGCAAUAGAGUCGGGAGCCCAUGGAGACGACAAGCAAUGGCUCACUUAUUGGGCUCUUUAUUCACUUAUCAAACUCUUUGAGCUCACUUUCUACGGACUCAUCGAAUGGAUCCCGAUAUGGCCAUACGCCAAGCUAGCACUAAUUUCUUGGUUGGUGUUACCGGGCUUGAGCGGCGCUGCUUAUGUUUAUGAGAACUAUGUGCGUUCAUUCCUUUUACGCCCACAUAGUGUUAAUAUAUGGUAUGUGCCCGCUAAGAAGGACGAAGAUGACUUACCAGCAGCUGCUGGGAAAUUCACUCCGGUAAACGAUUCUGGUGAGCCUACGGAAAAGCGUGCGAGCUCGGUGGAUACAUGAGCAGCCAAAUAUGUUGGUCACUCGGCCUUUAAUGAUACAUAUGUCUACUAGCUACCAAAGCUACUUCUGACCCGUUUUAGCUUAAAAUCGUUGCCCACGCAUUUCCUCUCUUUUUUCUCUCCGGUUAUUAUCGAGUUGUUGUUACCGGUUAAUAAAUUUUAAAUAUCAAAAUAAUGUUAAAUUAA